GGAUGAGGUUGUGUAACCUUAGCUGUCUCAUCUCUUCUUCCUAUCUUCUUCAUCGACAAGAAUCAGGUUUCUUCUUCAGAGCAGGUGUGAGUCACAGUUAAGUUAGUUAUUUAUCAGAGUACUUUCAUUGUCCCCUCUCUGAUCUCAAGCAUCUCAACAGAUUUGCCAGCACAAAGCACCUAUAGCGUUAAGCCAGUAAGUCAGGUAGACAAUGGAAGGUCAGGAGACAAAGACAGCCAAUGGCUCGCAUUGUGAAGAUGCUAACGACAGUCUACACAAGGAUUCUGCAAACUCAAGUAUGGAUGAGAAUCAAGAGGUACCAAACAGCCCUGGCCCAGACCUUGGAGGUGUGAAGGCAACAGUACCAAAACCUAGUCCUGUAUCAGGGGGUCUUAAAAUUGGCAGGCUGAAUCUUUUUAGUGCGUCUGAUGUGAAGGCAGCUGGAAGUCCUACUACUGACAAUUCAGAAGCUCGAAGGUCUGCUCGUGUAAGCACUGGAUCUAUCAUAGAUUCCGAUGAUGUUCUCUGCGAUUCUUGCAUUGAUGGCAAGAAGAAAGCCGUUAAGUCCUGCUUGGUCUGCCAGACUUCCUUUUGUGAACCCCACCUGAAGCCCCAUCUGGAGGGAGCUGCCUUCCGAGACCACAAGCUGCUGGAUCCUAUCAGAGACUUUGAGGCCAGAAAAUGCCCACUGCACAGCAAAACCAUGGAGCUGUUUUGCCAGUCUGACCAAACAUGCAUCUGCUACCUGUGUAUGUUCCAGGAGCAUAAGAACCACAAUACGGUGACCGUGGAGGCUGAGAAAUAUGUGAAGGAGUCAGAGCUGUCUGAAAUCCAGGAACAGCUUCAUCUCCAGCUGCUUGAUGUGGAUGAUGAAGUGGAGAGAUGGCACAAAGAGAAAGACCGCAUCCGGAAUUUCACAACCAACCAGAAGUCAACUGUGGACCACAGCUUCAAGGAUCUCAUCCGAGAACUCCAGAGACAGCAGGAAGAAGUGAAAGCACAAUUAGAGAACAAGGAACGGGCCGCUGUAGACCUUAUCGAGCAGAUUAUAGGUGAUUUACAAGUGAAAAGAGAUCAACUUCAGGAUAGGCAACAUGAUGGAGAUAAGCUGUUACAUACCACCGAUGCCGUACUUUUCCUACAGGAGUUUCAGAUAGUCAUAAGAAAUGCUCCUCCGAUACCACCGCUACCUACCUACACAGUGACUAUGGAGGGAGAAAGACUGGCGCAGGCUAUGGCUGGCAUUAGAGAAGAACUACUAACCUCCUGCAAGAAGAAUGUGGACAAGUUCAGUAAAAUAGAGGCCAGUCGGAAUCUGGUUGAAAAGAAUAUGGAAAACAGAUACAUGAUGAAAGAUCUUGCAUCUGACUGGCAUCAACCUAAUGACUCAUUUGGCAGAUUCGGCUCUCUCUUUAAUGUGAAAGGAGGUCGCCAGUCUUACCAGGCCUCUCCCGUGCGUUCUUUAUCUGAGAGCCCUGCCUCAAGCCUAAACAGCAUCUAUGGAAACAAAGGAUCUUACAGGAUGUGGGACGCUUCUCCCCUCCCGGCCCAAGACGACACUUCCAGCUAUUCAGCCACGACCUUUACUCAGAAAGCCUCCACCCAAUUACCAUCCUACCAAUUUCAAUCCAAUGUAACAGCCACAGAGACCACCAGUCAGCAAGAAAACAAUCCAUAUAACAUGAAUGUGUAUCCGAUGAUGACGAGACACCAGCCAACAAAAGCCUUGCCACAAACAUGGAAAUCUUCAAAGCAAAGUCUGCUGACCCAACAGCGCCCUUUCUAUGUGAAUAAAGGAAAUACCGCCAACAACGAAUCCCCAUAAAUCGCUGGGACUAUAGAUGCCUAAAAUGUUCUUCUUUUCUUACCAAAGCUAUGGAUGUGUGGGAUAUAUGGGCAGACGUAGGGUGGGGAACGCUGCCUUAUUCUUUCACUGCUAUUGCAGUCAAUGUGUUAUAACUGGAUUUGUCUGGGAGGAAAAAAACAAAACAGGUUUUAUUCUAGCCAACGGCAAUAACCACUCACUGGAAUUCCUGGGUUGGUCGGGGCUGGAAUGAAACUCAUAUCUAUGUAUCUCAACUUAACUCUUUACUGUGCCUUUGUAGAAAGUAUUAUGUUUUUAUUUACAAAAUAUGACUAUUAUAAUGUCUGAGGUCUAGGUUAUGAAAUACUUAACGAUACAAAUCCUCACCUGUCGCCCUGAACCAUUGCCUACAGCACCGAUAAUCUUGAUUUUUUUUUUCUGUUUUAAACAUUUUCAGAUAGUUCUGCAUUGGAUAUGUGUUCACCUACGUACAUGGCUUGAGACCACCUGAAUUAGUUCAGAGAUUAUACUUUAUAUACCUUUCAAUCGCCCUUAUUUCACUUAAUUCUUUCUGAGUACACCUCUAGCAAUUUGCACAGCACCCCUUCAAUUUGUCUGGUUUGAGCAUUAAGCAGCAGUGUAAGCUCAGUGGGCAGCACCGUCUCCAUUUUCACAGCUGCCUUCCAGUGUAAUCUUCACAGCUCAGAUAUUCCCUUCUGCUUCCUUUCUAUCCCAGGCUUUGUACCAUUCUAAAAAUCAAUUUCAGCUAAUGCAAGAUUUAUCUCCUGCAUUCUUGAAUGAAAUAAACUUUAGUAUUUUGCCUCGCUGCAUGCCUCUAUUCCUUUGGCUAAUAGACAGCAUGGUGCUGAACCACCUUCAUUUUAGCCAAUCUUUUCUGGGAUUAUGAAUGGCAAGCUAGAAUCGGUCAGCUCCGAAGUAUUAAUUUUUUAUUACAUUUUAGAGGCAUAUUAACGUCACGUCUUCUGAAUCAUUCCUUCAUGGCAUUUUCUGACUUAGACAUAAUACAGUAAAGGGCUCUUUGCCCCAAUCAAAUGCCUGCGGUCAGAAACUAUUAGUGAAACAGGGAACCAGGCGACGUGUCUGGGCAGAUAUUGUCCCAGAAUGCUCUGGUGUUCCUGUGCGUCAUACUAAAUGCACAAAUAUACAAAAGUUUUCUUUGUUAAGAGGCUUAGUCUGCUAAAAUGCCCCAUCAUGAACCUAAAGGUAUAUGUAGGUAUAUACUUGGAACAUCAGAACAGGCCAAACUGUCUCAGUGUCAACAUUAUCAACUUAGUAAUUAUCAAUUUAGGAACUAUGUCCCAGCCUGGGGCAGAGAGUCCAGAAUGUCUGGUAAGAGGCUGACACCACAAAGAAAAUCACAUAUGAAUCCAGAUCAAACGAUCCCACUCUUGCACAAUAACUGUGAAUCAAAACACUGAUUGUGGGAAUAACAGAACCUUGCUUUUAGAUUGAUAUUGCAUUGAUAUGUUAUUUAUAUACAGUAGAUGCAGUGUUUGAGUGGUGUAUUUAUUUGUUAGUCUGUGAAUCCAUGUACAAUGCUGUCCACUGAGCACUACUAAUACUCAUUAAGGGAAGAAUACAAUUUUACACUAAAUGCAGAAGAACGGUAGAAAGAAACAUAAUAUUCAGCAGUACCGUAUCUGAAUAGCUAAAUCUGGUCUGUCUAUCUUUCUUUCUAUCUAUCUAUCUAUCUAUCUAUCUAUCUAUCUAUCUAUCUAUCUAUCUAUCUAUCUAUCGAUCUAUCUUAUAUAUAUAUAUAUAUAUAUAUAUACAUAUAUGAUAUUCUAUUUCUGCAAUCAAUAAUGUACAGAGAUAUAAAAAAAAAUGAUGUACUCCCCAUGUGCUUGGGGUAGUAUUGACACUACUUUCUGGUCUUUAAAGCCACACCUACGUAUAAGUACAUGAUCUCCCCUUCCUCCAGGACAAUAUAAUCUACACUCAUAUUAAGAGUGUAUGAAUGCCACAUGCCCCAGAAUUCCUGCUUCCACAGACAUUACACAAGUUAUUCUAGAAUUAUUUUCUUUUUUUCUAUUUAGCUCCUACAUACUGUAUCAUUGGUCAAAAUAAUCAGAUUUAAAUAAAAUGUAAAUUAUACUGUAUAUUGUUAUUGGUACUAAGGGGCAAAAAAAUAUAUAUAUACUUUUUUCUCUAAGUAAACUUUGUAUUUUUUAAAAGCCAAAACAGAAAUAGGUACAAAACCACAUUAACCUACAUAUGUAAAAUAUAACAAAAAAGUUUCCGGAAAACUUAAUUCUUAUUACAGUUGUUAAUGGCGAAACUUAAUUUGUUCAGGUUACAUGUUCCACUAAUCUCUGUCAUUAGAAUACAGUUGUUUAAUGUGUGUAAUAAACAAGCCUUCAAAUACUGCAAUUUAUUUAAUUACAAUAACUGUGUUUUUAUUCUACGUAGAAUUGUGUCUGGAUGUUCGACCUCUUUUGUGUUACCAUCUUUGGAAAGUUUUUAGUUACAGUCUUGAUGGUACCAACAGUAAAAUAAGGCUUAGAAAAGAAUUAGUCUUAACUAAUUAACGAUAAACGUCAUAAAUAUUGCAAUAUAAUGUAAUAUGAGAUAAAUUGCAACUUUAAAUUGUGUUUUACUGUACACGGAAUUGCAAAAAUAUUUUCUUCUAAAGAAAAUGUUGUCUAAACAAUUUUCCUGAACAUGUUUUGUGAUAACUCCAAUUUUGCAGUGUUGGUCUAUUCA